AUGGACAGGUCGCUGGCGACACUGCUGCGGUCGCUACAGACGUCGCAGCACACUGAUGACGCUGCUCGGUUACUGCCAUCUGCGACAGGUCUACUAUCGCGCUUAUCGAAUCCGUUAAACGUUACCCUCCUAGCAUCGCAACUGCUGGCGAACGACUUACUAUACUCGAAUCCAAUCGAUCUUCAGUCGUGCCGCAGUGUCUUAAGUGUUUUCUACACAGCUGCACUACGCUUGAUCGAAGACCAAAAGAACGAGCAAGCACAGCACAGUCGAAGCAACCUGUCACAAGUAGAAUGGACGAAGGCUGCAAUACAGGGUGCAGACAACAAGUCGCCACGAUGGAGGCAUUUGUUGUUGUUAGGAGGUCUUCUGCUUGCACUCGAUGCCCAAGGUCAUCCUGACCUCCCUCGAGAUUUGAGGAAGAAGGUUGAAGCUGCACUCAUUACAGCGACCAAUUUAGCACUGCAGGAGAAGGAAAGGAGUCAUGCAAACAGUCAAUUAUGUUUGGUAUUUGUACUCAACACUGUCUUUCCACUGCUCUCAGAUCAGCAACGAGCAAGUAUCCAGUACGAUCUUCUACUGCCAGAACUGGUUGAAUCCGCCUAUUUCUCACGCGAAGGCCUCGAGCAUGGAUACUGGUUAGGCACAAUCGAUGUAGAUGUCGUACAAGUCUCCCGGACACAAUUUCAUUGGGACGCAAACUCAGGCUCGGCGCAACGCAUACAAGCAAUCAAAUCUAGAGUUCUUGUCAACUCUCUUGGUCCCCUGUCACGCCUUAUCGCACACUCGAUUGAGAAUGCCUGCGAUUCAGGUCUUCUGGUUGCCGUUCUUGCUCGCCUAGCUGAAUUUAGUCGCAAUAUUUCACUCUCUUGGAGACAAAACAAACUCUCCGAGGUCGAACUGUCCGAGGAGGGUGAUUUCUUGGAUAACGAGACUCGUCGAACAACACUGCCGGAACUUCUGCAGCUAUUGCGAAAUACGAUGUUCUCAAUUAUCAUAUGCUUGAGAGCAAUUACUGGACGCAUCAUACUUGAUACUGUGCUGUCUUCCGAUCUCAAGGCCCCUACACUUGCUGUCCAGACAUUGCACAUCCUUCGGGAUUUUAACUUUAUUUCCCACAGAUUUGGUCAACAUUCUUCUUCACAAUACAUGUUUGUCAAUUAUACAGCUAUUGAUAUUUUGAACCAGUUUCCAGCUCAAGCCGAAUCGUUCCUGGCUUCCAUUAGAUCCGCCGAGGUCGGUAAAAUACCUGCACACCCUCUAGAUCGCUUGAACGACCUCUUCUUCCUGAAUAUAUCAGAGCACUUUACCUUGACUUUACGGCCAGAAGCCAAUCGCGAUUUACUAAUUAGUAAUGCUCUGCCGUAUAUCACUGCACAUGGCAACCGCAGGCUGAAUGAGAUUUAUGAAGCCGCUCAUAGUUUGCUUCUUGCAGUCUUCGCAGCACCACAAAAUGGUGCUAUAUCUUCACAAUACAUCCCGUUUUACGCGGAUACCUUACUCGAAAGUUUCCCAUCAAGCUUGACGCCACGACAGUUUAAGCUCGCUGUGAAGUCGCUGAUGCAAGUGGCCGCACCUCGUGCGUCUGUCGCUGCUUCUUUGCCACAGCUACAAGAAAUCGUGCUCGACGUGCUGAGGUCGCGCCUGCCUUAUGCACAGGAAACACCUCUUCCCCUGCCGGAUUCAUCCCUGGCCGAAAGCGACCCGACACUAUCAGAGAAAUGUGUCUUACUGCUCGCGAUAAUAGACAAUCUAAGCUUUCUCCCUGUGCAAAUACUAGAAGAAUGGCUCACCGUGGCUGCAGAAUCGCUACAGUCAUUAAAGGACAUGACGCAGCGAAGUGAGUGCCAGAAGAGGUUCUGGGAGUUGCUCAGUGGCGGGGAAAUGGACCUUGAAAGAGCUGCUGUCUGUGUUGCUUGGUGGACUAACUGUGGUGGAAGAGGGCUGGUACUGUACGGGGACGAGCUGCUCGACCCGCAUUCGCAGAUGAGCGGGGCAUUACAAAUCGAAAGCAAGAUGUGA